GGGAGCCCGGAGCCAUGGCGCCUACAGAGGCGUCGAAGCAGGCGCCGCUCAUGGAGGUGCUCAAGAAGGAGGUGAGGGCGAUGCUGAUAGCGGCCAAAGCGGGCCUGACGCCGGAGCAGCUGGAGGAGCAGUACAUGGCCAUGGUCUGCAAGCCUCUCCCUCUGCACGACCUGGGCUUCCAGUCCACCUUGGAGCUGGUGACACAAAUGCCUGAAGUUGUCCGAAUCUGUUCUUCUAAGACAGGCACUUUAAUCCUCAAAGCCAUUGCAGAUGACUCUACCAAAGGGAUUGCCAGGCUGGUUGCCAACCAGAAAGUAAAGACACGUAAGGCAUCAAAGAAAACUGCUAUGAAGGCAAAUGCUACUUUUCCCACUAAGAAUUCUAAGUAUCCACAGAGUUUCCAAACUCUGAGUGCCAGGACUCCCGUCCUGCCAGCAGCAGUGAAGGCUGAGCUGCAGGACCUGCUAAGCUCCUCACCGCUUCUGCUCACAGACUUGGACAAGGCCUUCCUCAGACGCUUCGGCCGGGCGUUCCAGUACAGGCAGUACGGAUUUUUGUCCAUGUUUGAAGUCCUCAGGAGCAUGUCUGAUUCCAUUGUCAUUGAGGAGACAAAGGCAGGUUCCUUGGUGGUCCUGAGGAAGUACUUGACAAGCCAGGUAGAACAGGAAGAGGUGUCUCAAGGUGAGGCUGAGGAGGAAGAGAUGUCUCAGGGUGAGGCGGAGGAAGAAGAGGUGCCUCAGAGUGAAACUGAGGAGGAAGAGAUGCCUCAGGGCGAGGCUGAGGAGGAAGAGAUGCCUCGAGGUGAAGCUGAGGAAGAAGAGAUGCCUGAAGAUGAUGCACAGGAGGAAGAGAUGCUGCAAGCCACAUCUGCAGCUGAGAUGCCUACUUUGGAACCCAUCCAUGAGACAGAGAGCUUCCACCAGGCAGCACUUCCGGUGGAUUCAGAGCCAGUGCAAACACAAGCAGUAGAUUUGGGUGAUGACCUCAAACAACAUCAAGGUUCUGAGCAGUUCCCACCGACUCCAGAAAUCCCUCCAGAUGCUGUUCAGGACAGAAGACUUUGCAGUUUGCCACCUCUAAAGAGAAGGUGUUUGGUGGGAGUCAUUGUGGAAUUCGUUGUCUCUCCUAGCCAGUUCUACAUCCACAUCUGCAGCUCAGAAGCGUCCUAUAAACUGCAGGACCUGAUGUUUGAGAUGAGACAUGUUUACUCACAUAAGGUUGCUUCUGAUAAAUACAUCAUGCCUGAGUCUGCAGUGCGGCCUGGGCAGCUCUGCUGUGUCAUGGUCUGCAAGUGGUGGUAUCGUGUCAUCAUCCACCGUGUGAUCAAUGACCAGGAGGUAGAGGUGUUCUAUGCAGAUUAUGGACACCUCCAAAUUGUCCAGAAGUCUUGGCUGAGAUUCCUCAAGUGGCACUACUUGAAGCUCCCUGCUCAGGCCAUCCCAUGUUCCUUGGCAUGGGUAAAACCCGUGGAGGGUACGUGGUCCAGUGCUGCAGUUCUCCUGUUCAAGCAUCUCUGUCGCUUCAAGGAACUUGUGGGGAUUGUAGAUGAAUACGUGGAUGGUGUUCUGUACCUCUUCCUGUGUGACACAUCCAGCAAGGAGGAUGUCUACUUCCACUCUGUCUUGAGGGAUAUGGGAUAUGCUGAUGUCUGUGGAGAGAACAUCCCUUCCCAGGAAUUUGAGGAGCUGAAUCCUUCAGCCUUGUAUGUUCAGCCCAGUGGAAAGCAGGAGAAUGCUGGAGUGGUGGAGCCAGACCUUUGCUUGCAGCAGGAAUCUCAAGAUGAAGACAGUGAAACAGCAACCUUGAAGCUGCAUGGGGCUGAGCUGUGACCAGAUAAAGAAAACAUGAAGACCAAGACCUUCCUGGGAGUCUCACGGUUGGCCUCUCUGGUGCUCUGGGCUCUGUGACCAAGGGCCACCUCAGGAUGUGUGUGUCCCUCCUGCCCUGCUCUCUGCAGUGUUGGCAGCUGCAUGAUUGGCCACUUCCCAUGCCUACUUCCAGUGGCUGCCCAGCCUGAGAAGGAAGGUGUGAUAAGAGUGGAGAAGCUGGUGCUGCUGCCGAGGAAGGUUGUCUGGAGCAGCGUACAGGCUCUCUGUAUGACCAUGCUGUCAGGGGUUUUUUUAGUUCAGAAAUGUUUAAUCCCUUGAAAAAACCUGGAGUGUGAUGUCUCAGGUGUGCCCAGAAUGUGUGAUAAAUGUUAGUUUUACUUUCAGGAAAAUAGUUUGGUUUUGUUGUACCAGUGCUGUACUGAGUUACUGCUCUUCAAUAUAACGGUUUAGGAGAACA